AAAAGGGUCAGGGGGCCAAAUUGGAACUUGUUAAGUCCAAGGAAUUCAGCAGCAACCCGGAGAAGUUGAAUCACCAAAACACAUAUAUUAAAAAAGAAAAAAGAAAAAAGAAAAAGGCAGCGCAACCUGAUGCGACUGCCAAAGACGUGAAGGAGAGUACCACUUUCUCUCUCAUCCCAAUUCCCUUGCCAAAGACAAAACUCCAACUAUUCUCCCCAUCCUUCCAUUUUUUUUUGCUUUAGAUCUCUCCCAAUCCAAUGGGAAAACUCUCUAUCUUGAUUUACAUUGUAUUGGCGCUUCUCUUCCUCCUCCUCAUCUCUCACUCUCCCUCCAAAUCCUCUUCUCGCCACCACCGCCGUCUCAAGCUCCGUUCCUCUUUUAAUUUCUCCGACCACAAUCCUCGCCACCACGAACCUGUCCCUUUCGAUCCUCUUGUCGCUGACAUUGAGCGUCGCCGCGAAGACAAGCAGUGGGAGAAGCAUUACAUUGAGUCUUCACAUCCUGAUAUUCUCAAAGACAUUGACGCUGCUCCUGGCCACGAGCCUCAGCCUGAAUGGGAGGAUUUUAUGGAUGCUGAGGAUUAUUUAAAUGAUGAAGAGAAAUUCAAUGUCACUAGCAGGUUGCUGCUGCUGUUUCCAAAGAUUGAUGUCGAUCCGGUGGAUGGUCACGUGAGUGAGCAUGAAUUGACCGAGUGGAAUAUGGAUCAAGCUAAGCGAGAAGUCAUGCAUAGGACUCAAAGAGAGGUGGAAGUUCAUGAUAAAAACCAUGAUGGCCUUAUUUCUUUUUCCGAGUAUGAGCCUCCUAGUUGGGUUCACAAUUCAGUAGAUCAAAACACUUUUGGCUAUGAUAUGGGCUGGUGGAGAGAAGAACAUUUCAAUGCAUCAGAUGCCGAUGGAGAUGGUCUUUUAAAUAUUACAGAGUUCAAUGACUUUCUGCAUCCGGCUGACAGCAAAAACCCAAAGCUACUACAGUGGUUGUGCAUGGAGGAAGUAAGGGAAAGAGAUUCAGACAAAGAUGGGAAGGUUAAUUUUAAAGAAUUCUUUCAUGGGUUGUUCGACUUGGUGAGAAAUUACGAUGAAGAAAGUCACAAUUCUUCACAUCCCACUGAUGAUUCAUUGGAGGCUCCAGCUAAGGUGUUGUUUUCUCAGCUAGACAAAGACGGUGAUGGAUAUUUGUCAGACGUCGAGUUGCUACCUGUAAUUGGGAAACUUCAUCCAUCAGAGCGUUACUAUGCGAAACAGCAGGCAGAUUACAUCAUUUCACAGGCUGAUACAGAUAAAGAUGGGCGCCUAUCAUUGACAGAGAUGAUUGAGAACCCAUUCGUGUUUUACAGUGCUAUUUUCAGCGAUGAAGACGACGAGGAUUAUGAUUUUCAUGAUGAGUUCCGUUAAUUUCGACUCUAGCAGGUUACCAAGGAGAAGAAAGAUUUUAGCAAGAAUUUUGUGCAUUACAGAAUGAGUAAUUUAUAUACAAACUUGGGGGAGGAUAACUAAAGCUGGCGAGUUACUGUGCUGGUAAUUAUUGUAGAAGUAUCAAAGGGGAUGGCAGGCCUGAGAUUUUGUCUAGAUGUGAGCAGAUAAUGGCCAUGCAGAAGAGGAAAUCCCCUCCGGAAAUUAGUUGUGAAUUCAAGUUGUCUGGAAAAUGUUAAAAAUUACAAAGGAUAGUUGUGAUUUAUUUGAAGUUGAGUUAGUUUUUGUUUGGUUGAUACACAUUGUAGGAAUAUUAUUUAUUUAUUUAUUAGUUGUUGAGAA